AUGGAUAAAAAAGUUAGGGCAGCGACCAAACUUUCAGCAUUGCAGCUACUCUCAGCAAAUAACGUCGAAAUGUUUGAUAAGCUGUUAAAGACUGAAAAUUUUGAAGUAAACCAAGAUUUAUAUGGAAGCUGUGCAAUUCAUGAAAUCUGCAGGUAUGGGUAUAAAGAUUUUUUGGAAUAUUUAAUAUCUAAAGGUGCUGAUGUUAAUAAAUUAGAUGGCUUAGAGAGGUCUCCUGCUAUAUUGUGUGUAGAGCAUGGAAGAUUGGAUUGUCUGAAAAUGCUUAUUGAAAAUAAUGUUUUAUUAGAUGAGAUAAAGCCAUUUAUAAUAAAUCAAAAUUAUUUUUUUAUCAUAAGAAAAAUUUUCUAUUUAUUAUAAAUUAAUAUAUUUUUUAAAGCAAUUGAUGAUACACAAAUAGAAGAAUUUGAAAUGAAAAGUUAUGUAGAAAAAUAUUUAUAUGCUAAUUGGAGGUGAAAAUAUAGGAAAGGAUUUGUAUUUAUUAUAGCGAAAAAAGGAAUUAAAAUUCCUAUGUCACUUGCUAAAGAAAUUUCUUAUUAUCUUUAA